AAAACACAUGUUUAACCUAAGUUUUACAAAAUAUGUAUGUACCUACAUAAUUAAAAGUAACCAUACAUAAGAUAAACAGUAAGUAAGUCCGGAUUACCGAGGCCCUACUGUAAUUGAGAAUUUUGGAGUUUUUCCAAUUCAGCUUAAUCCUCAAAUAUUCUCGAUUGGAGAAUCAAAGAAUACCAUCUGGGUGCCAGUCUUGAGCGCUGCUUUUCAUAGCACAUGAUUUUGUGUAGUCUGUGGUUAAAAGAGCAUAUUUUAUCCAAUCAGUGCAUAGUUCGAAAAGGAUGAGUGUCAUGCGGUAUUUCCUUUAAUAGGAGCACGCAUGAUUCAGAGAAUGUUUGUUAUUUAAAGUAUUAAUGAUUUUUUAGUUUGUCAACAAUAGCUAAUAUUUGAUAAAUAUUCUCAUAUAAAUAACGCAAACAAUGAUGUUUCGUAUGUCUUAUACAAUAUUACGCCAACAUUUCAAUGGUAAAAAAUUCGAUAUUUUAGCUAGAACAUCUUCAAAUAGUUCAUCUGUUAAACAACAGCAACAUGUAGUUCCUCCAAAUGGGUUGACUCAAGAUAUGAUAACUGUUAUAACUGAAGCUAAUGAGAAAAAACCUAAACAAAAAAUGAGCAAUGCUAUGAAAGCUUAUUUAAAACGUGCUCAGGAAUACGAUGAAUUUAUGAAACGUGAAAAUGAAGAAUAUUUGAUAGGAAAAAGACAUUUGGCUAAUAUGAUGGGAGAAGAUCCAAAUACGUUUACACAAGAAGAUAUCAACAAUGCUAUAGAAUAUCUAUUCCCAUCUGGUUUAUAUGCUAAAGCUGCACGUCCUAUAAUGGAUGCACCUGAGAGAAUUUUUCCACCAAAAAAAGCUGCGCAAUUCGAUCACACAGGUCGGCCAUACCAUUCUCUAUUUUAUACUAUGAAACCUAAUUUUUAUUCGGUUCUUUAUGAUAUUGUUGAAAAAUUAGAAACUUUAAAUCAAUAUCAGGACCAGCAACUUCGAAACGGUAUUUUACCAAAUGAGAAAAGUAAAUUCGACACAUUUGGAUCCGAUUGGUUAACGCAACCUAUUCUAGAGACUAAAUUUUUAGAACCUCUAAAAGAAAAAGAUUAUGAAAUGUUUAUUGCGGCUUUGCAAAGAUUGAUUGAUCAUCCUUAUUCGUCAAAUGUCAGUAAUUUUAUAAUGGAAUACAGAUUAAAAAAAAGUAAUUUCAAGGAUACAUUAGUUAUUCCUCCGUUGGAAUAUGAUAGUACGGGACGUCCAUUUGUAGAAGUCAAAUGGGCUCAAAAAUUUUUAACAACUGGAAGUGUGAAAGUUUUGGGUAAUGGAUCAGGACAAUUCAAAAUUGGUGAUGGAAAAGAUAUUACAUUUUUCAAACGUAAACAACAUCGAGAACAAAUAAUAUUUCCUCUAAUUUUCACUGGAAUGGAAAAUAGUGUAGAUGUUGAAGUAUCUUUUGAUACUGCAGGUGGUGAUUCAGGAUAUGCAUCUCUGAUUCGCUGGGGUAUUGCUUGGGCUUUACGAAGCUUUGUUGAACCAAAAAUGAUUGAAAAAAUGAGAAUUGCUGGAUUAUUAACACGAGAUUGGAGAAAGCGAGAAAGGAAAAAGCCUGGUAAAGAAGGUAAACGACGUGGAUUUACGUGGAGAAAACGUUAAAAUAACAUUUAUGAUUUUUAUCGUAAUGUAACGUAAUUUACUAUAUAAAUUAAAAUUUAUAAAAUUCGUAAAAAUGUUUUACAUUUCUAAAUAAUUAUGAUAAAUAAAUGGAGAUGUUACAUCUUA